UCGUUAAGUAGGACAUUCGUUAUUACUUCAUGAAUCUCAGCUGUUUAUUUUAAGUACAUAUUGAUAUUAUUAUAAAAGGUACUGUUAAAUGAUUUGAAGCAUUACAUUUGAGCAUAUCUGGAAAGGAAGAAAGAUGUUGUCAACAUUGAGAAUUCUACCACGAAUGAUUGGCAUCACUGCAACGGAAAAUCUGGCUAAUGGGCUUCAGCUACAAAAAUGUUUAAACAGAAAUUUUCACAAAUGUAGAACUUUAUCGCAGAGAACAAAUGUGUUGCCAGUAUUUGAGGAUUUCCCACAGAUAGACGUACCAGAGUACAAGGAAGAACCUGAAGAACCUGAAGAAGCAACGAUUUUUCGAGGGAUGGAAACAGAUUUUCCAUGCUUAACAAGAAAUAAACUCAAUGGACCAGAGCCUGAGUAUACCAAGGUUGUGUCUGGCUAUAAGACAUUUACAUCUCAGAUGCCCUUCCCACUCAAGUAUAACCAUGCAGUGCUCCCAAAUCUCACAAUAGCUUAUGAAACAUGGGGAGAACUGAAUGAAAAUAAAGAUAAUGUUGUACUCAUUCAUGCUGGUUUGUCUGCAAGUUCACAUGCAAAGAGUCAUGAGGACAACAUGUCUCCAGGUUGGUGGGAGAAGUUCGUAGGAUCUGGAUGUGCUCUUGAUACAAAUAAAUUCUUUGUUAUUUGUACAAACAGUUUAGGCAGCUGUUAUGGUUCGACAGGACCAUCAUCCAUAAACCCAGUAACAAAUAAGAAAUAUGCAACAACUUUCCCGGUAAUAAGUGUUGAAGAUAUGGUGAAAGCACAAUUUCUUUUGCUGGAUAACUUGGGCAUUGAAAAGUUACACAGUAGUGUUGGUUCAUCAUUAGGUGGUAUGUGCUCUUUACAAGCAGCAGUUAUGUACCCUGAAAGGGUAGGCAGAUUAAUCUCAAUAUCAUCAUGUGCUCAUUCCCACCCGUCCUCCAUUGCUAUGAGAUACCUACAGAGGAAAGCUAUUAUGUCAGAUCCUAACUGGAACAAAGGUCACUACUAUGGUGCAAAAUAUCCUAAAAUGGGGAUGAAACUUGCAAGAGAAAUUGCUACAAUAACAUAUAGAAGUGGACCAGAAUGGGACCGUCGGUUUAAUCGAGACAGAAUUGAUACCACAUGUCCACCCACUCUCUGUCCAACAUUUUCUAUAGAGAGUUAUUUAGAACACCAAGGAGAAAGCUUUAGUACUAAAUAUGACCCAAAUUCAUUACUUUAUAUAUCAAAAGCAAUGGAUUUAUUUGACAUAGCAGAAAGUUACGAAUCCCUUCAUGCAGGAUUAUCUCGUGUCAAUUGUCCUGUGAUGGUUAUUGGUGUACAAACUGAUAUUUUAUUUCCAAUUAGACAGCAACGAAAACUUGCCACAGCUCUACAGGAAAGUGGUAACCCAACAGUGACAUUUUAUGAACUAAAUUCUUUAUAUGGACAUGACACAUUUCUACUGGAUCUGAAUGGUGUUGGAGCUGCUGUGAAGGGCUUUCUCGAGACAGAUUUAAGAGAAUCAGGAAUUGAAGUGCCUAAAUCUCAAUAUGCCUCAACAUUUUCACACAAAAAAGACAGAGUUUUGUUCUAAGGAGUGUGCUGACGAGGUUUAUUCUAAGGAGUGUCCUGACAGAUUUACAUGUUAAAGUACAGUGUUUAAUACUAAACCAACCAACAGUAUGCUAACAGAUUAACAUAUGAAAAGGAUCAAAGUCAAUUUUUAUUUAUUGGAAUUUUUCAUUGAUGAAUAUGAUGAAACCUGUGUUUUUCAAAGAUGUUUAGCAUCAUUUAGCAUCAACAGAAUUAGCUUUGAUUUUAGCUACUUUUUUUUCAAGAAAAAAGAUGAUGUAGUGAUACUAUAUGGAAGAAAUAUUUGUAAAGGCCUAUAUGAAUAGUUAACCAUGUCAUAGUAACUUCCACCCUCAAAAUCAUCUGUAGUUGAAGAUUUGAUUUUAUUGAUUUGCUACAUGUUACUUAAUUGUAACUUAAGGGGUUUCCUCAUACCUACUGUGGAUUAAUUUGUGAGAUAUAAUAAUUUUUUGUCGAUUUAUACAUGUUAAUAAGUGAACAAUGAAUUUAAAUGUUCAACAAAGUAACAAUUUUUGAUAGGCUUAUAAGCAGACCUCAACAAAACAUCGAGAUUUAAUAUCAACGAAAAUACAAUUUUUCUUCAAUCCACUAUCUUGAACUGGUACUGACGAAAAUAACAGAAUCCAAAGUUUAAAACAUUCAACCUCCUAAAAAUUGUUUGUACUAAAUGGAUAUUCAAUUUUAGCAAUAUAUCUUCACUAAGUCCUUACUCAGAUAGAAAAGAAAAGGCUAUUCACCAAUAUAUUUCUUUUCAUUACCAAUCCUGGUUUUGAACUCGCAUCAUAGGAAAGGACUUCAAAGCACAGACAGAAUGAUCCCAAUAGAAACCAAUCGUUGUAUAAGAUAUAAAGAGGUAUCCAGUCCAGUGCUUUGGGAGGAAAAAGCAAAGAGUCCACCAGAAAAUCUUACAGUUGUUAUCUCUGGGUUAAUUAGAUCCAAGGUUUUUAAAAAGUAUUUUUUAUUUUAUUUUCUUUAAAAUUAUUAUAUUCAUUAUUAUAUUCAUAUGCUUCUUGGCAAUGAACAAUUGAUAUAACUUUUACUGCAAUCAUUCGUGUUCAUUAUUUAGUGGCAAUGAACAAUUUAUCUCAAUUGCAAUCAUUUUUUGUUCAUUGAUGCAUCUUUAACCUUAUAAUAUAAUUGCAAUAGUGUAUAGAACAUAUAAAAUGCCUUUUUUAUAAGACAAGCUGCUUAUCUCCACUUUCUAUGAAACUUCAAUUUUGAAUGGGAGCAAAUUCAUAUACUUGUUGAAUUAAAAUGUAUAAACAUUUAGACUAUUUUUUUUAGUUGCCUAAUGAAAUUUUCAUAUGUGGUCAAAUGAAAAUUGGAAUGUAAUUAUAUAAAAUUGUAUUCAGGUUUGAGAAAUUAAUAUCUCUGUCAAAUGAAUACUCUCCUUUAGAAUAUUUUUGGAUUAUUCCCCUUUGAUUAGAAAAAAAAUAAUAAUUGAUUUAUUUUUUGCUGUAUAAUAUUGUUUGUUAUUUAUUUGUUUAUGGUUGUGUAUUUUUUAAUCUAUUAUUUUGCAAAGUCAUAGAUAAAGUACACUUAAGGUGAUAGGGCUUUUUCAUGCUUUGCCAAAAUAUAGUAUAUAUUGUGAUAUGUUCAAAAAUAUGAUAAAAAAGAUGGUCACCAAGCUUUUUUUCAAGCUGCAGGUUGUGAUAAAAUGAAAACAUUUUGUAUGGAUUAUCCAGAGAAAAAGAAUCAUUAUGUGAAUAGAAGGUGAACUAAAUGAUACAAUUUAAAAAAAAUAA